GUGUAUUUUAUCCGUGUAAAACUUUAUGCAUCACCGUCAUGGCUGGAAGUGUACGGGCACCUGUUGUUUUUGUUAUAAGUUCUUUAAACGAAUUAGCUGUCGUUGCGAGGAAAUGUUUGCCUGCAGCCAAUAUCACUAGUAUUACUCCAGUACAACCAGGAGAAAUUUCAGAUAUAGACGAGACUAAAGUUCUACAUUCAGCUGAAGUAUUAUUUGCAGAUAAACCAUUUAUCUCUAAAUACAUCUAUAAGGCAGAAAACCUUAAAUGGGCACACAGUACCUGGGCAGGAGUAGACACGAUUAUGCGUCAUAUAGACACCGAAAAGCCUCCUCGGGUUUUAUUAAGUCAAGGAGGGACGGCUUUCACAGAUUUGAUGGCUGAAUAUGUUCUUGGCUAUAUCUUAGCUAAAGAGAAAAAUAUGUUUUGCAUGUACGAAGAUCAAAAACACAAAGUUUGGAAACCGGAGGAAUAUAAAAAUCCCAGACUACUCUCAAACCUAAGACUCGGCAUUCUAGGUGCAGGACAAAUCGGUACCAGAAUUGGAACAUUCUGUAAAGCAGUUGGAAUGGAAGUCUGGGGAAUGACCAGGGAAGAGAAAAAUGAUCCAGAUUUACCUCUAGAUGUUUACAAAACCACCAAGGACCUCCCAGAAGUUUUAGAGAACUGUGACUAUAUAUGUAGUGUACUGCCGACAACUCCUGCUACCAAAGAUCUUCUAUCUGGAGAUAUUCUCAAGCAUUGUAUGAAAAAGAAGUCAGUAUUUAUAAAUGUUGGAAGAGGAACUGUUAUUAAUGAGGAUAGUUUGGUCACUGCUUUAAGGAAUGAAUGGAUUGGUGGAGCUAUUUUAGACGUUUUUAACACCGAACCCUUGUCAGUUGACAGUCCUCUGUGGUCAUUCCGUAACGUGAACAUAACACCACAUAUAUCAGGACCUUGUCAGACUCAUCUAGUCGUCCAGACUUUUGUAGAAAAUUACAAGAAAUUUGUCGGCAAUGAAAAACUUUGUGGUCAAGUAGACUGGAAUGGAGGUUACUGAUUUAAUUUCUAGAUGUGUUCAAACGACAGGGAAAUAAAAAAUGGACGAUUAUAACAUUACUUUGAUUUCAAAUUAAUUAAAUUUACUUUUACAAAAACUUAAUUAAAGUUUGGAUAAGUGUUCAAUAUAUGCAAUAUGAAUUGAGUUAAUAUAUGAUUAAUGUAUCUAAUGAACACAUUAUGUUUCAAUGUAAUAUGCAAUAUGAAUAGAGUUUAUGUAUAUAGUUGAUAUCUCUAAUGAACGCAUUAUGUUGAAUACUUAUCCAUGUACCUUUAAUAACUUUUGAACAGUUCUGCAUUUAUGGGCAGUUUGCAUGUGCUGACGUCCCUGCCAAACGGUUUGUUUAUUGAUUAAAAGUAUAGAUAUUCUA